CUUCACUUCCGAUUAAAAUUCCAUAUUUGGGAGAAGCAGUAAAGAGCCUCUCACACGAUCUCUCUCCAACAAAAGCCAGACAAGAUGAUGCACAUGACCUUCUACUGGGGGAAAACGGUGACACUACUUUUCGACUCGUGGAAGACCGAUUCAUGGACGAGUUACGCUCUCACUCUACUCGCUUGCUUUCUCUUCUCCGUCUUCUACCAGUACAUGGAGGACCGGCGUCUCCGCUUCAAAGUCUUCGCUGUGAAUAAAAAGCCCAUCGAAACUCCUCUGCUCUUCUCGAGGCUCGCCGGCAGUGGUUGGAGCAACCCCGCCAGGUACGCUGCUGCCAUCUUAUUCGGAGUCAACUCGACUAUUGGCUAUCUCUUGAUGCUUGCCAUCAUGUCCUUCAAUGGAGGUGUGUUCUUGGCAAUCGUCUUGGGCCUUGCUUUUGGGUAUUUGAUCUUCAGGAUCUCUGAUGAAGAACUCGUGGUUAUAGACAAUCCUUGCGCUUGUGCUUGAAACUUAGAGUCGACAUCUCCUCUUUUUGCUCCUUAAAAUUAGGGGAAGAAAAUAAGAUA